AUGACCUACUCUGGUGCAGUGAACUUGGUCAGUGCUUUGCCCAGCACGUUGUCGCCAAGCUCGUCUUUUAUACUCCCAGGUGCUCAACUUGCUAUCGAUCUGACCACGCCCGUGCGUCCAGCAUCAUCUCUAAAAGAAUCUCCGUAUCCAAAUUACUAUUUUUCGGAACUACAUCCUGAGGAUGGGACGGAGCCAGGUUUGACGGCCAACUUCCCCAAGCUGGUCGACGCGGCCGAACCGGUGCCUGUCCAGGCCACAGUGACUACGUAA